AUGGGGGCUCCGUUUCGCGAGAAUAUAACUGCAGGCAAGGAUUUCGACCCUAAACUAUACGAUACCAUUCUGAAAAUUACUUGUCUUCAACGUGAUAUCAAUUUAAUGCCUGGAGGCGAUCUUUAUGAGAUUUCGGACAAUGGAGCAACUUUGAGUGGUGGACAGCGAACUCGAGUGGCUUUAGCUAGAGCGCUUUAUCAGGAUAAUUCCAUGUACUUACUUGAUGAACCGCUGGCGUCACUAGACCGAGGCGUGGCGGAUUCUAUUUGGGUUGAGGCAAUCGAAAAGAGACUUAGAGAUCGUGGAUGUCUUGUCAUUGUAGCAACACAUGAUCGAAGAGUUUUAGCCAGAACUGAUGAGGUCAUUGUGCUAGGAACUGACGGGAAAGUUGUGAAAAAGGGAACGCCUUCUGAAGUUAUUGGCAGCGACAUUGAAGUGUUUGGAGAGGAUGAAAGCGACAACGGCUGCGAAUUAGAACUUGAGCGCAUCGUACUCCAGGAAGAGGAGAGACAGAUUGGGACCGUCAAAGCAUCUGUUGCUCACACGUACAUGCUAGCUACAGGAUGUGCCCUGACUGUAUUAAUUCUGAUCGCCCUGUGUCUGAUGCAGUUUUCGAAGAAUGCUGCAGAUUGGUGGUUGAGUCGGUGGACUGCGGACCAGGCAAAUUUCACUCACUUGCUUACCGAUAGUCAGCAGGAUCGCUCGAUCCAUUUCCUCAUCAUCUAUGGAGCGAUAGCUACAGCGAACACGAUAUUCACACUUAUACGAGCAUUUUUGUUUGCUUACGGCGGUAUCAGAGCUGCUAAACAUCUUCAUGAAAGUCUGCUCCAUAAACUGCUUCAAGGCGUCAUCGUCAUGGUGGGACCGUACACCAUCGGGAAGAGUUAUCAACCGGAUUUGUUCCGACAUCUACACAUGUGA